AUGAGCACACACGGGUCGGCGUCUCCAUCGGAGGAAGACGUUAUCGAUGUUGAGGUGGAUAUUGGUGAUUUGAGUACGGCAUCAUCGUCGCAAACGAUCACCUCGAUGGAAACGAGCGCGACUCAAAUGCUAAUGGUGUAUUCAUCAAAACCGAUCGAUCUCCGAGAAGUCGAUGAAAACAAAGAGAACUGGGAUCCGUCAACACUGCCGGUGAUUCCGAUGAGAACAAUCUCUCCACCGCAAUCACACGCAUCCGCUGGGAGUACGGUUACCGGGACAACGGAAACUACACUUAAUUUAACCCAAUCACAAUCGCAAUCACAAGUGAGCACAUCGGAUCAGGAGACGAAAAUGGAAGUGGAAGAAACUGAACACGAAGCAGAGGAGACGGAAAGUGAGGAGGACGGACAAGAGGAUCGAGUAUCGAGAAAAGAGAAAAGUUUGGGGCUGCUUUGUCAAAGAUUUCUCUUGGCGAUGAAAGCCGAGACGGAGAUGAGUCAGUCAAAAACGGUGCACCUGGAGUCGGUGGCGAGGAAAAUGAAUGUUGAGAAACGAAGGAUCUACGAUAUUGUGAAUGUGAUGGAAGCACUCGAGGCCAUGUCAAAAACGAAUAAAUCUUUCUAUAAUUGGCACGGACUACAGGAUUUACCGAAAUUGAUGGCUGAUUUGCAGAAAGAGGCCACGGAAGAGCAUUUGCCGGAGAGAAUCCUCCGUGUUGAACACGCGAUGUGCUCUUUCACUGAGCUCGGCUCUGGAGCUAGGGAUACUGUAGGCUCUUUCCUCUCCGUGGCUGACAUCACCCCAAUUAUCCCACCGAUCACUCCAAAUCAGAAAAGUGAUGCCGAAAAUCAAAUGGGGCAAGAAAAGAAGUUCAAGUCCGUACUCCGUGAUCGGAACACACGAAAUUCCCUUGCCCAGUUGUGUCGACGAUUCUUGAUGGUUCUUCUCUGCAAUCCGAAAACGGCACGCAAAGUGAGCCUUGACGUAGCAAGUACGGUGUUGAUCAAAGAUCCAGAAACUGAGGGAUUCGAGCCGCCAAGUCGAAGUCGAUGUCGCCGUCUUUACGACAUUGCAAACGUCCUCGUUGCGAUGGGUUUAAUCAAAAAAGUGCAUUACCUAUUCGGAACAAAGAAAAUCCCACUAUUUGUCUAUUCUGGACCAGAGCCUGAUGAAAAUGGGAUUUUCGAUGAGUCGAUUUGUUUCAAUCAACAGCCACUUUUAUCACCAGUUUCUUGUCCGCAAACACCUUUGCAAUAUCGGGGAAUUCAGGGAAAUCUUGGCGGGAAACGCAGUCAAUCCGAGAUGAAUCUUGCGGGAAAUUCGAACAAAUUCCCGAGAUUUCAAACCGACAUCGGAAUGUCGUCAAUGAUGCAAUUGGCCGAGAUCGCUGAAAGAGAACGGCGGCGAAUCGAAAAAGAACAGAGAACAGCUUUAGCUAAACCACAAGCACAGAAAUUGACCUCACUUGGACAAACUCUUACCCCACCGUUGCCCAACUAUUGGCCGGGUUCUCCUGUAAAUAAAACGUCUCUUCUCUUUUCUCAAUUCUCUCCAAUAUCCCCAUUAGCGACGAUGAAUUCGAACGGCGCCUCACCUGCACAAAACAAAACCCAACCAAACUUUCAGCCGAUUGUUUUACCAAAAAAUCCCACCUGGAUGACCGCCACGCAGAAUGCGCAAUUCUUGAGGAAUCUGACGAUCGCUCAACGAGCACAACAUUCCGUUGUUUACACUCGACCAUCGACGAGUGUACCUGAGAAUCAAACGGUGACCGAAUUACAUCGACAAGCGACAACUUUCUCGAAACACUCCGUCUCUAGCAUUCUUGGUGUACAACAAGACUCGCCGAGAAAGUUAACGGAGAAAGCGCUUGAAGAUGUGAAGAAGAAAUUGGAUCAUUUGGACACAUCACCGUUUCAGAUUGUGAGAAGGAAACCGAUUGAUGGAUGUGCAGGGACAAAGAGUCCGGCCAAGUCAGUGAAA